AUGAAAGCACCACAACUCUCACCACCAACUCAAACUUUACAACAACAACAGAACCAACCAGUGUAUACACACAAAAUCAUUGUAAUUCCAGGGGAUGGCAUUGGUACAGAAGUCAUGGCCGAGGCCGAAAAGAUUUUUCAAGCGUUAAAUAUUCCGAUCCAACGUGAUUAUGUCGAUUGGGGGAUUCCUCACUACCUCAAAACCGGUGCGGUGACUCCAGAAAAUUACAUCGACAUUUGUAAAUCAUACGACGCCAUCCUCUUGGGGUCUUUAGGUGACCCACGGACUCUCCCAGAUUACAUAACUUUGGAACCCUUAAUCCAAAUCAGACAACAACUCGACCAAUUUUUGUGUUUGCGUCCCGCUCGCCACUUUUCCGGCAUUCCAACUCCUCUCAAAAACAGUGAAAUAGAUGUUCUAGUAGUCCGAGAAAACAGCGAAGGGGAGUACAGUAAUGUGGGGGGGUUCUUUAAGACGGGGACCCCUGAGGAGUUUGCUGUUGAAAGUGCGAUCCACACGCGGCGUGGGAUCGAGAGGGUUGUUCGCUAUGCUUUUGAAGCUUCUCGGAAACGGAAGUCGUGUGUGACCUUAGCCACCAAGUCGAACGCGAUGAAGUUUGGGAUGGUGUUAUGGGACACUGUUUUUGAAACAAUAGCAAUGGAAUACCCCGACGUUCAAGCUGAGAAGUAUUACAUGGAUGCGUUAUGUGCGGCAAUAGUGAAAAACCCUACGAAGUUUGAUGUGAUCGUUGGGUCGAAUUUGUUUUGUGACAUCAUCAGUGACUUAACUGUUGCCGUCGCAGGUUCUCUUGGUAUAGCCCCAAGCGCUAAUAUUAACCCAGACCGUACUUUCCCAUCACUCUUCGAACCCGUCCAUGGAAGCGCUUUAGAUAUUGCAGGAAAAGGAAUAUGUAACCCUGUCGGGACUAUUCGAGCUGCGUCUAUGAUGUUAGAGUUUCUUGGGUAUAGUGAAGAGUCAGUGCUCAUCGAAGAGAUCAUCCAAGAUUCUAUUGCACAGAAGUUCACAACAAUUGACAUCGGUGGGGAAAAAUCAACGACAGAAGUGGGCGAUUUUAUAGCGCGCGCAAUACGCAUGAAAAAGAGUUGCGGCUCUGUGUCAAGUUCCGCGUCAAAUAGUAAACAGAGGAGAACGAGACAUAAGAAUGAAUGA